AUGACCCAUUCCUAUAUCGAACACAUAAGAAGAAGAAGAUUUGGUACAAGCACAUUUGGUCAAGUCGCUGUUGGGAAGACGCUGAGCCAUAAAUUUAGAGAUAUCAGUGAUGCAUCUGAGCACUUCAGCUCUAGCGAUGAUUUAGAAGAGACAUUGGACCUCAUUCAAAUACCAAAGUGUGAGGGAUAUUUUGAAGACGUUGUUCGGCAAAUGCCAGACAACGUAUAUUUUGACCACUUCCGUAUGAGCCGGCAAAAAACAGAGUAUCUUGCUAAAAAAUUUGCUGUAUCACAAUAUUUUUCAGCCGGCAGAGAAGGUGAUUCAGAGAAAAUUAGCGCACUGCAGUUUAUAACUGUUUUUUUAUGGUAUGCUUGAAAUGAGGCUUGUUCAAACAGAGAUGUAGCCGACAGAUUCAACAUAUCAGUAAGCAGCUUGCACAAGAUUAUAAAACGGCUUACGUAUUUUUUGAGUAACCUUGCCCCAGAAGUAAAAAGAUGGCCAGAUGAAGAGGAAAAAGCCAUUAUAAGCCAACAUUUUCAGAAAAUAACUUCCCAGGUGCGAUAGGUGCUCUAGAUGGUACACACAUUAGAAUUGAUAAACCAUCACAAGAUCCAGAAUCGUACUUCAAUAGAAAAAGUUUCUACUCCAUCCAAGUAAUAAAUAUUGCAAGACUACCCUACAGUAUCUAUAAAAUAUCAAGUUACAAUUAGAUUUUGAUAUAGAAUUAAUUGUAGGCUUUA